CGCGCACGCGCAGGACGCCGCUGCUGUCUGCUGGAGCGCUACGCGUUUUGCUGCACCUCAGAGACGGAGCGUUUUCAGUAACCGUUUACCGGGGCCGUUUCUGUCCGUUACCGACACCAUGGACACGCUGAAGAACUGAAGUUUACCAGCACCGACGCCCGUUCUGAUUGAUGGAUUUAUUCUGAGAUUAAAAGCAGUUGGAUGGGAUGCAGUAUAUUCAAGAGUUUAUGGCACACUGUGGCCAAUUCAUGAGUCCCAACUAUGGAACAGUGACAGGAGUGUGACGCCACCAAUAACAAUGCAGAUCAGCCAUGCCUCCAUUGCUGAUCUCCAUCAAGGGCACUCAGAUUUUACUGCUGUCUGGGACUCUCCCUCUUCUCUUGGAUAGUUUAAAUUUCAACAUACAUCAUACCACACUCAAGACCAUAUUGUUUAUGGACUAUAUCAUUCUGUUACAAGAAAGAUGAAAUUUCCUUUUAUUAGGAGUCCCAAUUAAAGCAAAGACACAUAAGUUACAAACUCCAGAAAGGGGUAAAAAUGAAAGUGUGUACCGUACAGAUGAGGUUGCAUUAUGGCAGCUGAAUCUCCUCAAAGGCUGCAUUCACGUAUCUGGUUCGGAGGAGAGUGAAAGUUGAAUGAUGCAGCGAAACGGAGGCAUCGUCGGGAACAGUGGCCAGCCAUGGGUACUGAGGCGAGUACGGCUCACCUGGCUCAGCUUCAUGCUCUUCUUCAUCCUGGUCUUCUUCCCUCUCAUUGCACAUUACUACCUCACCACAAUUGAUGAAGCAGGGGGACCAGAUAAGCGCAUUUUUGGGCCAAGACCUGGAGGAGAGCUGUGUGAAGCGAAGCACGUUCAAGACCUGUGUCGUAUCCGGGAAUCUGUCAGCGAGGAACUUCUGCAACUUGAGGCAAAGCGUCAAGAGCUCAAUGGCGAGAUAGCCCGGCUUAACCUACGCAUCGAGGCCUGUAAACGUAGUAUUGACAGUGCCAAACAGGACUUGCUACAACUCAAAAAUGUCAUCAGCCAGACAGAGCACUCUUACAAGGAACUUAUGGCUCAAAACCAGCCGAAACUGUCAUUGCCAGUUAGACUUUUACCAGACAAGGAUGAUCCUGGAUACCCUCCUCCAAAGUCGGCCCAAAACUGUCAUUUGCAUACUUGUUUUGAUUACGCUAGAUGUCCACUUACAUCUGGCUUCCCGGUCUAUGUUUAUGACACAGGAUCAUAUCCUUGGGGUGAGAAGUUGGACCCUCUCGUCAAGCAAGCCUUUGCCUCAUCCGUCAAAAGCAGUGUAUAUGUGACCGAUAAUCCCAACAUUGCUUGUCUGUACAUAGUGCUUGUUGGUGAAAUACAAGAAUCACCCUCCUCUCCUCCUGCCUCACCCUUAGACCUUGAAAAGCAGCUCAAGGCCUUGCCGUAUUGGAGGUCGGACGGCCACAAUCACCUGCUUGUACACCUUUUAAGAAAGUCUCUGACACAGAACUUCCUGUACAAUGUGAGCACAGGACGUGCAGCAGUGGCACAGUCUACCUUUUUUGAACGUCAAUAUAGAGAAGGUUUCGACAUGGUGGUGUCUCCUCUAGUCCACGCUCUGUCUGAGCCCAACUUCCUAGAGGUGCCUCCGCAAGUCCCGGUCAAGAGGAAGUAUCUCUUCACCUUUCAGGGAGAAAAGGUUGAGUCUUUGAGGAGCAGCUUGCUUGAAGCCCCACCGCAGUCCUUCGAGGAGGAAAUGGAAGGGGAUCCACCAGCUGACUAUGAUGAUCGCAUUAUUGGCACACUUAAGGCUGUACAGGACAGUCAUCUAGACCAGGUUCUUGUGGAGUUCACUUGCAAGAAUCAGCCCAAGCCGAGUUUACCAACAGAGUGGGCUUUGUGUGGGGAGCGUGAGGAUCGUUUAGAGGUACUAAAGGUCUCUACGUUUGCCUUGGUGAUAUCUCCAGGCGAUGGCCAGUUGGUGGCCUCUGCUGGCUGUAGCAUGAGACUUUUUGAGGCUUUGGAAGUUGGGGCAAUACCGGUGGUGCUUGGCGACCACUCAAAGUUGCCCUACCAUCACCUUAUACGCUGGAGUGAGGCAGUCAUUAUGGUACCCAAGCCUCGCAUAACAGAGCUGCACUUUCUGUUGCGUAGCAUCUCAGACAAUGACCUUCUGGCAAUGCGACGCCAGGGUCGAUUUCUUUGGGAGACGUACUUCUCCACCUCAGAGAGCAUCUUCAGCACAAUCCUGGCUAGCGUACGAACCAGCAUCCAGAUACCAGCAGCACCUAUACGUGAGGAGCCUGCCCAGGAGAUUCCCCACAAAGCUGGAAAGUUGGCAGGAACUGAUGCUAACAUGGCUGACAAUGGCGACUUAGAUCUGGGGCCUGUUGAAGUAGAGCCCCCUUAUGCUUCGCCACGCUUCUUGCGUAACUUUACCUACACAGCUGCUGAUGUCUACCGCACCUGGAAUCGUGCACCUGGACCUUUCCAUCUAUUCCCACAUACACCCCUGGACCCCGUACUUCCCUCAGAAGCCAAGUUUCUGGGGUCGGGGACUGGUUUUCGCCCUAUCGGUGGAGGUUCUGGGGGAUCUGGUAAAGAGUUUCAGGCUGCUCUAGGAGGUAACGUCCCACGGGAGCAGUUUACUGUUGUCAUGCUUACUUAUGAAAGGGAGGAGGUUCUUAUGAACUCAUUGGAGAGACUAAAUGGCCUUCCUUAUCUCAACAAAGUGGUAGUAGUGUGGAAUUCCCCCAAACCACCUUCGGAUGAUCUCCUCUGGCCAGACAUUGGUCUACCAAUUGUGGUGGUACACACAGAAAAGAACAGCUUAAACAAUCGCUUCCUUCCCUGGGAUGCAGUUGAGACUGAGGCUAUUUUGUCUAUUGAUGAUGAUGCCCAUCUUCGACACGAUGAAAUAAUGUUUGGGUUCAGGGUGUGGCGGGAGGCCAGAGACCGAAUUGUGGGAUUCCCAGGAAGGUUCCAUGCCUGGGAUGUAAAUCACCAAUCUUGGCUCUACAAUUCCAACUACUCCUGUGAGCUCUCCAUGGUGCUGACGGGUGCGGCCUUCUUCCACAAGUAUUACGCGUACCUCUAUUCGUACGUCAUGCCUCAAGCUAUACGUGACAUGGUGGACGAGUACAUCAACUGUGAGGAUAUCGCCAUGAACUUCCUCGUGUCGCAUAUCACUCGCAAACCCCCCAUCAAGGUGACGUCACGUUGGACCUUCCGCUGUCCCGGCUGUCCACAGGCUCUUUCGCACGACGAUUCGCACUUCCACGAGCGGCACAAGUGCAUCAACUUCUUCGUAAAAGUCUACGGAUACAUGCCACUGUUAUACACUCAGUUCAGAGUGGACUCGGUACUCUUCAAGACGCGGUUGCCCCACGACAAGACGAAGUGUUUUAAAUUCAUUUAGCGGAUCGGGGAACUGAAAAGCACAGACGGAAGCGCGGACACGAGACGGUCUCUCUCUGGGAACAUGAAGGGAAUUAAAGCUUCUUGUAAAUAUCAGAGAAAUUUCUUUGAACUUGUCUUCCCUGAAGUCAAGGGAGAACAAUUAGAGAACGAGCGAUUACCGUCAAGCGUUUUUAACAUUGUGCGUGAUUCAUCAGCAACCACUACAGGCUUUAUUUGCACCUCUUUUCACGGGACGUCUGGGACAUCAAAUUGCAUUUUGAUCAUGCUAUACUGACAGAACAUACUGAAUUAUGGACCGACGGAGGCUGUUUUUGAUGACAUACCUGAGAAUUACGGGAGAGUCGAAGUGUCUAAAUAAUUUGUGUUAUUUUUACUUUGCAUAUACUCAUUUGAAACGCACUGAUGGUCAUGUUUUGUUUUGUUUUUAACUCGUGUGUGCUUUUGUGCACGUGUGAAUGGCUGUGUGUUGUUCUGUAGGUUGAUGCUGACUUAGCGUCAUUAACCCCCGUCAAAUAUUUGUUGAUCAUCAGUAAGAAUAGCACAAGAUAUCAAUCAUAACUACAUAGGAAUAGCAUCAAAUCAAGCUGUUACAUGUUCUCAUGUCUGUCACAAUCAUACAAGAAAACAAAGUGUCUGUAUGUAACAUGUUCGGUACAUUUGUGGAAUAACAGAUCCAUCCUAUCGCCUUUUGCUGGGUAA